AUGUCCACAGAAACCAAUAACAACAACACACCAUCAUCAUCUUCGGAACAAGCGCACACCCCUGAACAAAUCAUUACACCAUGGGACGUGGAGGCAGAAAGUGAAAUGGGAGUGGACUACUCAAAAUUAAUUGUCCAAUUCGGUUCUGAAGAAAUUCAAGAAGAUUUAUUGGAACGAAUUGAGAAGGUCACUCAAAGACCUGUUCAUCACUUCCUCAAGAGAAAGGUCUUCUUCUCUCAUCGUGAUAUGCACAAAUUAUUGGAUUAUUAUGAACAGGGAAAGCCCUUCUAUCUCUAUACCGGAAGAGGUCCUUCCAGCGAGAGUAUGCACUUGGGACACUUGAUUCCGUUCCUCUUCACCAAAUAUUUGCAAGAUGUCUUCAAUGUUCCUCUCGUUAUUCAAAUGACCGAUGAUGAAAAGUUCUUGUGGAAGAAUUUGGAAUUGGAGGAGGCUCAUCGGCUCACUUAUGAAAACGCCAAGGAUAUUAUUGCUUGUGGUUUUGAUAAAGAAAAGACAUUCAUCUUCUCCAAUAUGGAAUAUAUGGGACACUUGUACAAGACUGUUCUUCAAAUUGAAAAGGCUGUUACGACCAGUCAAGUCAAGGGAGUGUUCGGAUUCAACGAUUCCGACAAUAUUGGAAAAUUCUCAUUCCCUGCCAUUCAAGCAGCUCCAUCCUUUUAUACAGCCUUUCCUCACAUCUUCCCAGAGAAUGAAUCAACCAAGUCAGGUUCAUCAGAUUCCAAGAAAAAGUCAUCCUCCUCGAGCAAGCCAAAGAAGAGAAGAGAUAUCAUGUGUCUCAUCCCAUGUGCCAUUGAUCAAGAUCCAUACUUUAGAGUCACACGUGAUGUGGCUCCUAAAUUGGGAUUCCAAAAACCAUCUCUCAUUCACUCCAAAUUCUUCCCUGCAUUGCAAGGUGCGAAAACUAAAAUGUCAGCUUCUGCAGAAAAUUCAUCCAUUUUCUUGACCGAUACACCAAAGCAAAUUAAGGACAAGAUUAACAAACAUGCCUUUUCUGGAGGUGGUGCAACCAAGGAAGAACAAGAAAAGUAUGGUGCAAAUCUUAGUGUGGAUGUUCCAUUCAAAUAUUUGGAAUUCUUUUUGGAAGAUGACGCUCUCUUUGAGGAAAUUCGUGAAAAGUAUUCAACUGGUAAAAUGUUGACUGGUCAAGUGAAAGGUAUCCUCAUUGAUAUUUUGACCAAGAUGGUGAAAGAACAUCAAGAGAGAAGAGCCAAAAUUACAGAUGAAGAGGUGAAAGAGUUUUUAUCGGUUCGUAAACUCAAUUUCGCUUGGCCAACAAAGAAGGAGGUUGUUGUACAACCAACUUGUUCUGACAACGAGCAGAAAUAA